UCAGCUCAAUUCCUCUUUCUCACUGUAACUGCAUCAAGUGAGGAAUAUUUGGAUUCACUGAAAAACAUCUCAUACUGAAACAUUCUGAAAAAAGACUUGUUGGUCCCAUCUGGAGAUUCUUCCUUUCAUCACCAGUGUCCCAGAUUGUCCAUCUUAUCCACAGAUUGAACUUUUUUAAACAAGAAAACAACACUUUGUGUUGUUUGCACAAUGAAGCAGCAGUUUAAUUACUCAGAUUCAGAAGGUUACAACAACUGCCCCACUGCGUGGUCAACCUACUAUGAGAUGAGUCAUGGCUGGAGGGAAUAUUUUAGAACUACUUUGCUUGAUGUUUUAACGCGAAACCUUAUCAAUGGCUCCAUUGCCAUUAUUUGUAUUUUAGGCCUGAUCGGAAAUGGAGCAACAAUUUAUUUUUUGGUCUAUUCCAUUAAGAGGAAUUCUUUCACCACUUUCAUCCUGAACCUCUCCAUCGCUGAUUUUGGGGCCCUCACAUCCUUUAUUAUUACAGCUAUAUUUGUGGCUGUUUUAACUCUCCAUGAAAAGACUAAUCUUCUGGCCAUCUUUUUCUUCUUAUUUUUUGAGCUCUUCCUCUUCACCUAUUCUGCCAGCCAGUUUCUGCUGACAGCCAUCAGCCUGGACAGGUGUGUAGCUGUUCUCUUCCCACUCUGGCAUCGCUGCCAUCGUCCGCCAUAUUUGUCCAUCCUGGUUUGUGGCCUCAUCUGGAGCCUCUCCUUCCUGCUCUCUGCGGUGCACUUCAUUCUCCACCAGACCGGAAACUCUGAAAGUCCCCCUUUACUUUAUCAGCUGAUUGUGAAUGGUUUACUUUGUACGCCUCUCAUGGUUGUGUCUACGGUGACUCUCUUGAUUCAUACGAGGUCUAAAUGGCAAUGCAAUCAAAGUAAAUUGGUCAUCACCAUCUUGCUGGCUCUCAUUUUCUUCCUCCUUUUCUCUCUCCCAAUGGAUGCCUUAUAUGUCAUUGAAUAUUUAGGUUCCUAUAAUCCCCUCCUCAUGACCAUUGGGAUAGGAUGUGCGGCACUCAGCAGCAGCAUCAACCCACUCCUUUAUUUUUUAGUGGGAAGGAAGAAGGGGGAAAAUCAGCCCAGAACAUCUUACAAGGUUGCCCUGCAAAGAGUCUUCAAGGAUGAGAAGGGAAGCACGGAAAAGCAGGAAACCACAAAUGAAACCCAAUUAUGAAGAGUCAUAAAUAGCAGCAAACCUCAUAAGACCAGUUGUGAAGCAUCAAUACCAUUGUUCAUUCAUGUCGUCAACAAAUAGAUACAAACUCAAGGCAAACGGCUCCAAACUUGAUUGCAGAAAAUAUGACUUCAGCAACAGAGUGGUCAAUGCCUGGAAUGCACUACCUGACUCUGUAGUUUCUUCCCCAAACCCCUAAAACUUUAAGCUUAAACUGUCUACCGUUGACCUCACCCCAUUCCUAAGAGGUCUGUAAGAGGCACGCACCCACGUGCCUACCGUCCCUGUCCUAAUAUUCCUUUUUUACUUUUCACGUCCUUUUCACGUAUGCAAAUUAUGUUUAUACUUUUACCUGUUAUCUUAUAUAUGAUUGACAAAUAAAUAAAUAAAAAUAAACAAUAUGUUGUUCAGUAAGAACAUGGGAAAUUAAUGUAAUUUAGGAUUCCAAAGAGCAAAAAUUUG